AUGGUAGAACAAGCGUCUUUAGAUGCGGUGAAGGCUGAGGAACACCUCCGGGAACUCAUCACGGCGGAAACAUGGAAAGAGAUGAGCCGAAAGACAGCGCGAGAAAAACUCGAAGAGAAAAUGGGGUUAAAAGCGGAAAGUCUUAAAGAGCACAAAAAGGAGAUCAAUGAAAUCAUCGAUAAAAUUGUUGAAGAGCUCAAUGAUAAUGAAGAUGAAGACGACUCUGAGGGCGAUGGAGGCGAUAGCGAAGAAGAGGAGGCCGAGCAACCCAGCAAAAAACAAAAGACAGGCAAUGAACCGCCGAAAAACUUGAAAAAGCUUCAAUCGAGUUUAAUGUCGCGCAGCGCCUUCUUAGAAAAAGCCCCUGUAAUGGCAUCGAAGAUCGGCGAUAUGACUUUUGAUAUGAAACCCCGUACAUUCAGCAGUGGCUCUUGUGGAUGGUUUCAUGGAGGGAAGGUCGCCAUCAAAGUGGGCGAUCAGGAAAUUUGGUGUCAGUUGGGUGUUAACUGCACAGUUCUGGGGAGUAAGGAGUGGCGCGACGGCAGCAAGAAGGGAAAGAAAUGA